AUGUCGAUCGCCCACCUAUCACUAAGGAAGGCCCUCUUCGAGGCGUUCGACCUUAGUUCGCUCGACAAGGCCGUUGGCCUUCCAGAGCUCACCUACACCCUCUCUGCUGAGGUUGAAAACGCAAUUGGCAGCAGAGACCACCGCGACUCCAGUCAACUGAAUACCCUCCUCUUGUUAGCAGCUAUUCAGCAAAACAAACAGCUCGCCGAAACAGUCUCCAAGCUAGGAGACGACAUCACCUCCCUGAGGGAGUCAAUCGCAGCCUCCAAAGCUGCUCCCACCCCCUCAGACCCUCUCAUCGUCCAAAAACUGGACACCCUCAUCGGGAGAACCAGCCUCCCCCCUCCCACACCCCAGGCCCCCCACAGACCUACCCCGCCCGCCAAGCCUGCCCAACCGAGGGCAACCCCCAUGUAUGCACAAGUGGUUCGAUCCACCCCCAACUCUAACGGGGACUGUGGACGUAGAAACUAUGGAGCCAAGGAAUACAACCGAGGCGAAGACGUGGACGUAGGAGGUUCGUGGACUAUGGAUUAUGGGGCCGAAGGGUAUACCUAA